GGGGGGGGGGUGCAAGGUUCGACACAAUGUCUGUAAAGUGUUACGCAGGCGUUUCCUCCCUUCCUACUAGUCCAUAUAGUAUCAUAUGUUGUGUCCAGACUUGGGGUGCACGUUCAGUAGCUUCUCACCUGCUCUUGAAUUACCCCACAUGUAUUAGUUACCCCACAAGUAUUAGUUUGUGUUGUGUUGCUUAUCCAUUCAAAAGAUACACCUGAAAAUCAAAUGCAUAUAUAGUGUAGGCUUGACUAUAAUUUCCAGCGUCCCUGUCUUGGUUUAUAUUUCGUGUUUCAAGUUUUAAUGUCACAUGCACAAUUACAGUGAAAUGCCAUUCUUGCAAGCUCUAAUCUCAACAAUGCAGUAAUCAAUAACAAUGUAAUACUAAAAAUAACAUGAGGUAGACCCAAAACACACAGGAAAUAAAAAUAAGAAAUGAGAAGUAUACGCGAAAGUAAGUCCGCGUACUAUAUACAGGGUCAGUCAGUUCCAAUGCUAUAUUUACAAUGUGCAGGGAUACUGCAGUGGUAGAGGUAGAUAUGUAGGCAGGCCUAUAGGGGUAAGGUGACUAGGCAUCAGGAUGUAUGAUGAACAGAGUAGCAGCAGCGUAUAUUAUGAUUGUAUGUCAACGGGUGUGUGUAGAGUCAGUAUAAAUGUAUGUUAAUAUUAUGUGUGUGUGUGUGUGUGUGUUGGAUUGUCAGUUUGCGUGAGUGAGUAUGUAGUAUCCUGUGAGUGUGCAUAGAGACUUUGCAAAAAUAAAAUACAAGGGUCAACUAAGAUAGUCAUUGUAGCCAUUUUGCUAGCUAUUUAGUUAGCUAUUUAUUACUCUUAUGGCUUGGGGAUAAACGCUGUUCAGGAGCCUGUUGGUGUCAGAAUUGAUGCACCCGUGCGGAAGCCAAGAGGACAGUCUAUGGCUUGGGUGGCUGGAGAUUGAAAAUGUGUUAGAUUUCUGCUAUCAAAUUUGAUUACAACGUGAUCUAUGUGUCUGAAUGACAUAAACAACCCCAUUUGUAAACUAUCUAGUGCCUAUCUAUUAUCUAUUAGUUGCAUGUAAAUGUCACGACGUAAGCCGAUCUCCAUUUUUUUUGUAGGGAAACUCCUAAACUUCUAAGUGAUUUAGUAGUUUACAUAAUGCUAUCUUUGUUAUAAUUUUCUACUUAAUAGUGCAUUGUUGUUUUCGUUAGCCACGGCGGAUUUCAUAAUUGACUCGAUAGUGCUGAUAUUUGUAAUAGUGCUAGUGUUUCUUAUGAUAGUGGUCUCUCAUAAUAGGCUAAUAACAUUCUUAGUACUAAUAGGAUAAUGUAUUUAAUAGGACAAUGUAUUUAAAAAAAGAAGCCAGGUAUCGAUUUACAUGCUACUAUGUGCACACUAUUUUCUACGACGAGUUUUCAUAAUUGUCGUUUAUUUGUUUUAGCUGAAUUAUUUAAAUAUGCCACAACUAGGCCAUGCUUUUAUGCUUCACCAUUAGGCUAUUGAGAUACAUGAAUAAACAUGUAUGUUUUUUUUUCUCUGUAGGCUCAAUAUAAAAGUUGUUUAAUUCCUCGGUUAUGUUUAAUAACCAGAAUACGUUUUUAUCUUGUCCAUGGAUAUACGAAUAUAAUAUUAGCCUAGGACAAUAACAUUAUUUUUUCCAAAUGUAUUUUUUUUAAGAGACCAGUAAAUUAACGAACAUAUUAGGGUUCUAUAGCUGUGAGUAAAUGGGCCUACUAUGCAAACACAAAUACAAUUCUAUACUAAUUUCCAUUUUCAUGCUCAAAAUAAUCUUACAUUUACUGAAAUAAUGUUUUUUUUUCAGUAGCUGAUAUAUAAACAAUAUCAUAGAAUGUUGAGGAAAUAACAAAUGAAACUAGUCAGAUAUUAUUCUCAGCAGGGUUUUAGUCCGAUUAGUCUUUAAUCUGAUACUAUAUUAUUAUUGUAUAAUACCAAACUAAUAUGUUAAUAGGCUAUACAAAAUAGCACGAUAUAGCACAACAUUAUGUGCGUAUCUUUAAUAGGGGGUGUGCGUAAAACGUUUUUUCUUUGGGAAUGUUUGGUCAUAACUUUCUCUGGUUCGAAGACAAUGAAAGGUUGAAACAUUUCGACGGAAGAUGAAAGAGGUUACAUACUAGGAUGGAAAGCGUCCCAGAGCAUUAAUUUACGUUCUUUUGCGCCAUAGAAAGAAUGCAAUUUCAGACAUUUGGUUUUGUUAAUAAGGCCCAAUAUGGAGAAGUUAUUCUGGUUAAUUUCAGCCACUGUGUGUUUUGUUGUGAGUAUCAUUGGUAAUGCUUAUUACCCUGUAACGUAUGUGUAGAUAUCCCUCGUUAAAUGUGUGUUUUACCUCAUUUGGGAGGAUUAUUUGGGGGAUUUACUGGCCUAUGCUAACAGGGACAGAUACUUUCAAUUGUAUUUUUCUCAAUGGAGUUCAGCCUCUCCUUUGUCACGGCCUAACAUUUAUAUCAGAAAUUGCGUACUAAUCAUAUAAAAUAAUAAUAAUUUGCUUUUAAAACUAGACGUUGUCACGUUUUAAGACAAGAGACCCGCGAGCAUGUAAUAGUCAAAGGGAUUGAUUUAUUAUUUAUUGUUCAGCCUUUGUGAUCACGUGCGCGCAUCACCCAAUCGAAUGGCAGCCCUGCGUCCGAACUAUUAGUAGACUGUAGUUCUUUGUGGUGCCAAGUUGCUACUUGAUUUCUUCAGAUUUUUAUUUUGUGAGAGUGGGGUUUAGUGCGUGUGUAUGUGUGUGUGGUGUGUGUGUCGCGCUUGUAUUUGUAAGUAUCUGUGUAUGUGUGUGUGGUGUGUGUGUCGCGCUUGUAUUUGUAGGUAUCAGUGUAUGUGUGUAUGGUGUGUGUGUCGCGCUUGUAUUUGUAAGUAUCAGUGUAUGUGUGCGUACAUGUGAAAGUCUCUUUUGCCAUGUCGACAUCUGGAACGUUGACUAGCUACUACGUCGACUCCCUCAUCUUGCCCGAGAGUGAGGCGCUCUCCGCGCCCAGAUACUCCUCCGGUCCGGGGGGGCUCCAGCACGCGAGGCAGCCCACAUCGAUCACCGAUCACACUGAGCUUGGGCCCUGCACCUUCCCGACGAAAGCCCCGGUCUUCAGCCCGUCCUGGGGCCAUGUACCGACCCAGUUUCCAGCCGCCGUGUCGUCGGUGUACCACCACCCUUACGGGAAUCACCGAAGCCCGGCUCCAGGCGACCUGGAGGGUCGCUACAUGCAGUCCUGGCUGCUGGAGCCAAUGUCAGGGUCCUUGCCUUUAACUGGAUUACCAACGAGUCACCACUACGGGAUCAAAUCCGAGAACCUGGAUGCGGGAGCGGACAGCGUGCUGCCUGGAUCCCACACGGCGCUGCUCCUGUCCGAUUUCACCGACGGAACGGCGGCGACUGCAUCCCCGGUGGACAAGGACACACUACCAGGCCAGACCGGGGACCUGAACGAGGAGAAACCGGCCCUUGAUCCAAAUAACCCGGUAUCCAACUGGCUCCACGCUAGCGCCACGAGAAAAAAGCGCUGUCCAUACACCAAGCACCAGAUCCUCGAGCUGGAGAAAGAGUUCCUCUUUAACACGUACCUCACGCGGGACCGUAGGUAUGAGGUCGCGAGGCAGCUCAACCUUACGGAGAGACAAGUCAAAAUCUGGUUUCAGAACCGCAGAAUGAAGAUGAAGAAAUGUAAUAAAGAUGGUGGACCAAAAGAUGAUUUAUAGGUAUGAUUGAUUGAAUGAGAACGUAAAAACAUAUCCGAAAUAAGGGGGAUAUCUGUGAAAAGGCUCUUUCUCUGCUGGACUGCAUUUUUAUAGUCGUUGUUUCAUUGUUUUAUCCCUAACAGAAGCUGUUAUGUGUCUUGUAAAAAGCAUGUCCGGCUCUACUCGUCGGUUUGAUGCAACUAACUACCUUUAUAUUGCACAAUUUAGCAGUGCGCAUUAUUUUUUGUUAUUGUUAUUAGGAUGUUAAUGAAUGAAUUAAAGCCUCGGCUGUGAGGGCAUCUGUGUAAGGCAUGUACCCUGUUGAUAGGCCUGUUCUCUGUGCUCGUUUGUGUGUGGAUGUGAGUAGCUAUGUGUGUGUUCUCUGGUUUGUAGAUAUAGGCCUAUGUGUAUUUCAGUUUAAACUGAAUUUAGUUUCAAAUGUUUUUGUUGUUGUCGUUAUUUCAACUAUUGGUCGAUUUGAGUUGGAGGGAUAGGCUAACGUAAUGGUGGCAUUUUGAAGCGGGUGCAUGAGCAUCAAAAAGCCUCUUUAAAAUGCAUUUUGGCCUGUUGAUGAUUUUACUAGAAUCUACAUACAAUGAUAUUGUCUCUCAACUAUCUAUAAUUGUAAGAACCUCAUUUCAUUUUAACAUGACUUUUCGUUGUGAAGAGACAGAAUGCGUGUAUAGAUCGUAAACUAUGUCUGAAUUUCAGGGAGUAACAUUUGAGAGGACAUAUUUGUUAGAAAGGAGAGAGGCUAAAUAAACAGAAACACUGUAUGCUACCUAAUGAAUACCUCAUGGUCUGGGGACUUUCACAUUUUUGCUUCUCAAAUGUAAUUUGUACUAUUUAUUGAAUAAAACAAAUUAUAUCUGC